CGCGAAGUAUUUAGCGGGCGGAAGGCUAAAGUCGACAGGGGGGCCCGGUGGGUAGCGCGAUGUGGGGGUCGAUGACAUAACAAAAACGCCUCACAGAACACCACCCCCCCUCUGAAGAAGAUCAUACAAAGACAUUUUUAGAAUAACUACACUCUCUUUACCUGUAAUAAAUAGCGAGCAGUUCCCUCUUGUCUACUUCAACGUUUGCAAUAUUUCUACAACUACAGGAUCUUCCAAUUUAAACCGCACAUUACAUCAGCGUCGUCAUGGCAGGCGCAGGUGGAAAGAGAAUCGCAAAGGAGCUCAAUGAGGCCACAAACCCUCCCCUCCCAGGAAUCCAAGUCAACCUCGGCGAGGACUCCGAUAUCCACCAGUGGCAUAUCAUAAUCGAAGGACCCCCAGAAUCUCCCUAUGCCGGCGGUUUAUUUAAGCUCCUCCUCGUGCUCCCGACCGAAUACCCCUUCAAGCCUCCGAAGAUAAACUUCAAGACGAAGAUCUUCCACCCGAACGUCUCGAACGAUGAGCACGGCUCGAUGUGCCUCGGCAUGCUGAAGGGAGACCAGUGGAAGCCGUCGACUAAGAUCGUGGGCGUGCUGGAGGCGGCGCUGCAGCUGCUGUCGGAGCCGGUGCCGGAUGAUGCUGUCGAGACGGGGAUAGCGGAGUUGUAUAGGAAUAAUCGCAAGGAGUUCGAUAAGCAGGCCAAGGAGUGGACGAAGAGGUAUGCAAAUUAGCGUGUGGGCUUGUUAUGGGGUGUAGAGGUUCUGUGGGGGGUUGGAUGAGCUGAACAACAGGGUUCGAUGGAUCACAUAGCUGCUUUGGACUGUAUUAUGGGUGGGGGAUGAAGCGAUCUGUGCAAUUCAACGCAUAGAAAUCACAGCAGCUGUUUGUGCGAGAAGAGUCGCCGCAGCAUUUUAGAGUCAUUAUCUACGCCCCUUUAAUAUUCAGCUACGUCUUAGUGAUAUCAGGGUUCUAAAGGCCCAUGCCAUCGUUGUUGGCGGCGUCCAGGUCAACACACUAGGAUACCGGCUGGAUGUUCAGAGGAUGUAAAUGGAUCUUAUUUGGUAAUCCUCUGCAAAUAAACGUAAAUUAAACUACUAAUUUAACUAUAAA